AGCCUUGGGAUCCAAGCCAGAGCAGAGGCUCCCAGAAGCCACCUAGAAGCCAGAGGAGCCUCGGUGGCACUGAAGGGACACUCAGGCCUCCUUGGAACAGGGAGGAAGGGACUGCCAUAGGGCUCCACAGCUACACUGAGCAACAGACCACCUGUGACAUCUCAGGAGCUUCUCUGAAUACGCUUCAAAGGACAGGAUUCAUCCCACCCACGAAGUCCAAGGCACUGGCAUGGAGAAAAGACUGUGCUUGUGUUGUUUCCUCUCAUUUUAGACUAAAAACCUCUGAGCUGUUGGCUGGUAGGGAUGAAGAGGUGACCCCACAGACUGAAUUGGGCCUGCCCCACCCCGGGUCCCUGGUCCAUUUCUGUCCCGGUGAUAGACCGUAGCUCAGGUGUCCUUCGGGAAGCUUUCUCUGAUUUUGCCCCCACCCACUUGCCAGCUGGAACAAGCACCAUCCACCAGGCCUUCGCCCUCAGAGCUGGGACUCAACCUCCAUCACUGCUGCACCCAGCAUGUGAGCAUGUGCUAGGCUUGGGAGCCCAGACAAAGGUAGGGACUCCUCCUGAAGCUCUCCCUGGGGACCCUGGGCUAUGGGCCUCAGGGGCUUUGAGUUGGCAAGCCUGCCUUUUUGGAAGAGGAAAGGGGAAGAGAAAUCCCCUGUGGGGAGUUUGAGUCAGCUGAACUGUCAUAAUGGAAACAGCAGAGCCCUGGGCAUCAGGACACUUCCCCUCUGUGGGCCUCAGAGUCCUCCUCAAGAGACAGAAAUAACAGUGCUGCACAGGGAGUUGGGCUUAAGUGACAGAAGGGUGACAGAGCACUCUGUUAACUUGCAGGUGUGAAGGGAGACACUGCUGCUGACUGCACGGUGACAGCUGGUCAGGGGUUAAGAGACUGCAGCAUCUUGCCUCCAGCAGGGAUGAAUUCUUUCACUUCCCUUAGUUCCAGGUCUGAACUUGGACUGGUUGGAGCUUUCUGAAAACCAUGAAUUCCUCUUGUCUACCAGUCACGAACAUUCUAGUGAGAAUCCUGCUGUCUGUCCAGAGACGACAUCUUGACUGGAGGGGCAGUGGUUUGGUAGUCUGUCCCUGAAGUGUGGAGAGGAGUCUCAGGUUGAGGAACGCCAGGGUGGCCACCAAGGCUCAUGUGGGGGUGGACGGUGACAGGCUGCAUGGGCGGGAAAUGAAGGGCCACCCGAGGGAACCCUGUGCUCUGAGACUCUUACUCAACGUGUCAGUCUGACACCUCCAGGCACAUCCUGUUCCCAUCUAACCCUUGCGCAAGGUCCGGGCCCAGCGGGAGGAGGCCGGAGGCUCCCCCACGGACGCGGACCCAGCCUCCAGGCCUCGGCUACGUUCGGAAUGACCCCAUCACCUUGCUGGGUGACGAGGAGGACUUUUUCCCUUGCAAAGGCCACCACCCCACGCGUGUGGCGCAGCACUACGCCCGCUUGGGUGGCUGCGUGACGCGGGCAAGCCACUUCGCCUCUGGAGGUCUCAGUGUUCUUGCCUGUGAAGUGGGGUUGCCAACAGCCUUUGCUUCUUGGGGUCGUCAGGGGCCCCGGUAAGCCCGAGGGCGCCCGGGCCGCUCGUGCACUCCCCGCCGGAGGCUGGCGUUUGGGGGCGUCGCCGCCCCGCCCCUACCCGGCCCGUCCCCGCCCCCGGCCCGCUUCCUCCUCCCGCGCGGCAGCCCCCUGCCUCCGCGCCAUGUCCGCCGGCUGGUUCCGGCGCCGCUUCCUGCCCGGGGGUCCGCUGCCCGCGCCGCGGCCGCCCAGGCCGCGCUCCAGCCCCGUGCCCUACCGGCGGCCCCGCUUCCUGCGCGGCUCCGGCUCGGGCCCCGGCACCGCCGACGCUCCGCGCCGCCCCGACGUCCGGCCCGUGCGCAGUCCAGCGCGGGGCCGCGCACUGCCCUGGAACGCAGGCUACGCCGAGAUCAUCAAUGCGGAGAAAUCUGAGUUCAAUGAGGAUCAGGCAGCCUGUGGGCAGCUGUGCAUCCGGAGAUGUGAGUUUGGGGCUGAAGAGGACCAGGAGUGGCUGACCUCGUGCCCAGAGGAGGAUGAGGUGAUCGGGCGGGAGCUGGAGGCCUCAGGCCAGGUGGGCGGCUGCACAGCCCUGGUGGCUGUGUCCCUGCAGGGAAAGCUGUAUGUGGCCAAUGCCGGGGAUAGCAGGGCCAUAUUGGUACGGAAAGAUGAGGUUCGGCCCCUGAGCUCUGAGUUCACCCCGGAGACUGAGCGGCAGCGGAUUCAGCAGCUGGCCUUUGUCUACCCUGAGCUUCUGGCUGGUGAGUUCACCCGACUGGAGUUCCCUCGGCGACUGAAGGGGGAUGACUUAGGGCAGAAGGUUUUGUUCCGGGAUCACCACAUGAGAGGCUGGAGCUACAAGUGUGUGGAGAAGUCGGAUCUCAAGUACCCACUGAUCCAUGGGCAGGGUAGACAGGCUCGAUUACUGGGAACACUGGCCGUCUCCCGGGGCCUGGGAGACCAUCAGCUCAGAGUCCUGGACACAAACAUUCAGCUCAAGCCCUUCUUGCUCUCUGUCCCACAGGUGACUGUCCUGGAUGUGGACCAGCUGGAGCUGCAGGAGGAGGAUGUGGUUGUCAUGGCAACUGAUGGGCUCUGGGAUGUCCUAUCCAAUGAGCAGGUGGCACGGCUAGUGCGGAGCUUCCUCCCUGGCAACCGAGAGGACCCACACAGGUUCUCGGAGCUGGCCCAAAUGCUGAUACAUAGCACACAGGGAAAGGACGACGGUCUCACAGAGGAAGGGCAGGUGUCCUACGAUGACAUCUCUGUGUUCGUGAUUCCCUUGCACAGCCAGGGCCAAAGGAGCAGUGGCCACUGAGGAUUCAGACGCCACAUCCCAGAACCACUCCAGGGCCGGGUGUAGCCUGGGCGUCCCUCCACCAUGGUCCACAGCAGGCCUACCUGCCCUGCCGCCAGACACAAUGGGUUGACACCCCCCAACCCCACCCAUUUCAUGGGGAGCAUUUAUACCAGGCAGUCAAAGCUGGAAGAGUACGGAGAGCCCAGCUCCUCAGGUCCCCCCUUUGGCAGGCAGGAAAGAGCACAGUAUCAAUGGUAACAUCCCUUUACAACGUAGGAAACCCACGUGAGGCUCCUCUGACAGGGUCCUUAGCAGCCCAGUGUUAUUCUCAGAUGGGGACAGCUGGACUAAGGGCAUUGGCUAAGAAAGCCAGGAGGGGCGGAAAAGCCUGUUUGGAUUCAGGUCUCCUAAACCAUAAAUGUCAGGGUAUCUACUCAGUAACCACCAAAGCCCAUGCAUGGUGCCUUAUGGAAAGCUGUGGGCAGCUUCCUAUCUGCUGAACCGAUAUCAGCCCCUGGGGAGACCAGCUCAGGUCCUGCCCUGCUUCCCUCUGCCACUGGAGGUGAGGCACAGGCCCUGGGACUAAAGUUGGGGCAGAACAGAAAGAAGCAAGAGGAUCCCAGAGUUUGCGGAGCAGGGGAUGUCCUCUGACCACUCUUCUCUGGCCCUAGCCCUGCCCUCAGCUGAUGCCCCAACGCCUUUGGUUUUGUUGCCCCCGCCCCCUCCAUCACCUCCCUAUUGUUAAAUGUUUGUGUGGAAGAGCCCUUGUGAAUCAUGAAUUGCUGUAAAGCUUGACAUUAUAGUAUA